AUGGCAGAAAUCCUCCAUGUGAUUCUGUUUUUAGUCCCAGAUUUUCCCCUUUCCAUCCAAACGUGUGUUUUGGUCGCUCGCACCCCCCGACCUCCUCCAACCUCACGCGAUCCCGCGACCCGCGAUCAGGACCGUGUCCACACCACGGCCGCAAGGCGCCCACGCGCGCACCCCGUGCUGAUCAAUUUCUGUGGCAGCGGGUUCAUCCUUGCUACCUUUGGCUCAGACGAUGAGUACUGUCGCUAUGUGGCGAAUUCAACCGACUACACCGUAAUCGAUGUCCAGUAUCGGCUCGCUCCCGAGAAUCCCUUCCCGGCAGCAUAUAACGACGGGGAGGACGUGGUCAAAUGGGUCCUGUCGCAGCCAGAUCGCUUCGACCCGGCCCAGGUCUCUUUGUCCGGGUUCAGUGCCGGAGCGAACAUCGCGCUCUCGAUCUCGUCGUCAUCUCAGUGCUUCAACCAUGAUGAAAAGCAGAACACCUUCCGCACGAUCAUCUGCUUCUACGGCCCGACAGACAUGAACGUGCCUACGCCCGAGAAAACGCAGUCCGAUUCAUCGAAUUGGAUCAUGCGCAAGAUCUUCCCUGGGUUUUCCCACUUGUGCCAUAAAUGUCUCAAUAUGGGACAGGUGGACCCGAAAGACCCUCGGAUCUCACCUAGUUAUGCCGACCCUCAGAGCUUUCCCGAUAGGAGCUUGUUCAUCUCUGCCGCGCAAUGCUCUUUCGGGAUCGAGGCGGAGAAACUUUCACAGAAAAUCGGUGCGGUUGAAGGGAAGUUCUCCGCUGCCAUACGAAUGAAUGGCUGUGCACAUGGAUGGGACAAGGAGGCCGUCAGGGGCACGUCCCAGUGCAGAGCAAAGGAUGAAGCUUAUGCUGCUGCCGUGAAGAUCUUGAAAGAUGGUGAGCGCAUGGACUUAAAGGGGAGUGAUAUAUGA